AGGGCCAAGACUUCCGUAACGCUCACAAGGUCUGGUGGAGGCAAUAUUUCCCGAAACUCAGCUGGUGCCGCCGUGACGGACUGUUUUGCCCUCGGACAGCUCGCCAUUUUAAUCUGCCAUUUGGGGACUACCACUGUCAUUUAUCAGUUAUAAGGCGUUUUUUUUGUCUACGGCAGGACAGCUGUCCAGGAUGAUGGCAACGGAGGCGAUACAUUCCACUCAACAGGACAUGGACCUGAUCGACAUCCUGUGGAAGCAGGACAUCGAUCUGGGGGCCAGGCGCGAGGUGUUCGACUACAACCACCGGCAGAAGGAGCAUGAGCUGCAGCGGCAGCGGCAGCUGGAGGAGGAGAAGAGGCUGCACCUGCUGCGGGAGCAGGAGAAGGCCCUGCUGGCUCAGCUGCAGCUGGACGAGGAGACGGGAGAGUACGUCCCCUGCCCGCCGCCCGCCGCCCCGCUGCGGCCGCCCGUCACGCCCCUGGAGGUUACUCAGAAUGGGGUUUUCACGGAGGAGGCCGGCGACGGGAUGUCGUUUGAUGAAUGUUUACAGCUGCUGGCGGAGACGUUUCAUGUAGAGGAAACCGAGAACACUCCAGCUUGCUUGGACACCCCUGCUGCCUCAGUGGCCAGCAGCAGCACCAUCAUGAUGUCCCCAGAGCAGCCGGCGCUGUCGCCAGCUGCCCUCUCCUCAGGUCCGCUCACCCCGCCGCAGAGGAUGUCUCCAGACCUGGAGCAGGCCUGGAUGGAGAUUUUGUCCCUCCCUGAGCUACAGCAAUGUCUUAACAUGCAGUUGGAGGACACACUGGAAACCACAACUUAUCCUCUUCCAAAUGGUCCUGAAGUUCAGAGUCCAAACUACCCAAACCAUCAGCUGAUCCAAACUCCUGCUUUUUACCCAGCAGCAGGUCUCCCAGAUGUCAAAACAAACGGUUUAAACAUCGGCCCGCCAGAGUUUCUGAACACGUUUGACGGCUCCGUUUCCAGUAUGUCUCCACCCGUGGAAAUGAGCCAGAUGGCGGUGGAGGCGCCUCCGCUGAACGAAAGCUUCAGCGCUGAAAGCUUCUGCGACAUGUUUUACCCCUGCGCCGUGCUGGAAGAGAGCGGCGGCCAGCACGGCCUGCAAGAAAGCGAGAGUGUGUCCGACAUCCCAAACAAAGCCCCCUUCACGCCCAUGGACCUGUACAGCCUCUCACCUGGAGAUCCGCUGGACGGAAGCAAACAGAGCACCACGGCAGAACUGCCAGACUCAGAUUCAGGGAUCUCGACAAUGGCGAGUCCAAAUGCUAGUUCCCCGGGCAAAUCCGGCUAUGGGAGCGGCUCCUGUGGGUACAGCGACUCAGACAUGGAGGAGAUGGACCACAACCCGGGGAGCGCAGAAUCUGACUACUCAGAGAUGUUUUCGUUGGAUUUCCAACCGGACGACUUUGAGCCUGUGAUUCCGGUGUCGCUACCCACCGAGCAGGUGCAGCAGCUGCAGAAGCAACCAAAGCAGCAGCUGAUGGACGCCGCCGAAGGGAGCGGCCACCACAGCGCCCCCUUCACCAAAGACAAAUCCAGGAAGCGCUCCGACGUGCGCCUCUCCAGAGACGAGCAGAGGGCCAAGGCCCUAAAAAUCCCCUUCACCGUGGACAUGAUCAUCAACCUGCCCGUCGACGACUUCAACGAGAUGAUGUCAAAGCACCAGCUGAACGAGGCCCAGCUGGCCCUGGUCCGCGACAUCCGCCGCCGCGGCAAGAACAAGGUGGCCGCGCAGAACUGCCGCAAGCGCAAGAUGGAGAACAUCGUGGGCCUGGAGACGGACCUGGACUCGCUGAAGGAGGAGAAAGAGCGUCUGCUGAGCGAGAAGAGCAAGAACACCACAGAUCUGAAAGAAAUGAAGCGGCAGCUCCACAGCUUGUACCUGGAGGUCUUCAGCAUGCUGAAGGAUGAGAAGGGGAAUUCUUACUCCCCGUCCCAAUAUUCCCUCCAGCAGUCGACCGACGGCACCAUCUUUCUGGUCCCUCGCAUUAAAAAGACGAUUAAGAGUGAAGACAGCCACUUAUCGCCUUUGUAACGUGGCACUGCGUCAUCAUAGGAUCCUAUGCAAUAACUUUGUAGUCACUCAGCUUUGAGCUUCAGCAGCUUAGCAGAACUAUUGAAUAGUUUUUGCUCAUUUCUCUUGAAUGUUAAUAUUUUUGAUAUUUUACUUUUGUACUCUUAAUAUCGUCACAGAUUCUUUAACCAAUAGUCUGUAAAUAUAAACAUCACCUGCUUUUGUGAUUGAUAAAAAAUGUUACUGUAUGUACAUAUAAAUAUAUAUAUGAAGCCUAUUGUAUAUAUCAUAUCUCUGUAUGUUAAUGACUGUCAAUCAUUGUUACUUCUUUUAUAACUUUACCCUGAUUUGCUGCCUAUUUUUAUUUUUAUCCUGACUUCUAUGCUUUUCAAUAAACUAUUCAUACAACUAAGCAUAUGGGUCCUGCUUUCUGAAAACGCCACAUUGUGUUGUGUACUGCAGCCACAGCCCAUAAACUGAUUGAUGCCAGAUGGAUCCAUAUUCUAAGGAGCCGUUACAUA